UGUGUCUCUGCAUGUGCCACGUUGUCAAACAAGACAGAGGAGUUGUUGUGUCAAACCCCUCAUUCAUUUUCUUUUGGGGGAGAAAAAAGAAACAGCACAUCUGAGCCAUGUCGGGUCUGAACGCAUCUCUGGGAUACUUCCUGGCUGUUGUGGUUUUUGCGGCCUUGGUCCGAACGCUCUUCAGGAAAUGGCCUCGCUUCGGUUUUGUUUUGGAGUUUGCGUCCUCCUUCAUGCUGGUGGCGUGUCGGCUGGAGGUGCAGACCAUCGUGGAGGUGGGUGAGUGGGCCGGGGGUUUGGGUCCUGACGUGACUCUGACCAUACUGUUCUUGGUGCUGCUGACGCACGGCGUGAUCUGCGGCGGUGGGUCGGGGAAUCCCACCCUGGUUGUGCUGAAGUUCCUGCAGCUGGAGGCCUCCACCCUUCCCACGCUGCUCGCUCUGGUCGCCCAGUUUCUCGGGGCCCACCUGGGCCUUCUUGCAGCUACAUACUACUGGAGCCUGGAGCUGACAGACAUGCACAUGAUCAAAAACCUGAUGGCCAGAGAGUGCAGCACGUCUCUGCUGGUCUCUUUGCUCCAGGGUUUUUUCACAGAGUGCGUUUGCACGUUCUUCUUUUGUCUGGUCUAUCUAAACCUGUGUCGCAGGUCUGCUCUGAUCCAGGUGCCCCUGAUCGCUGUCCUCCUCACUUUCCUGUCCCAUAUAGCCAAAGGCUACACCUCAGCUUACAUGAAUCCCUCCUUGUCUUACGGCCUCACCUUCUACUGUUCUGGAUUUACCUUCUCAGAGUACGCAGUAGUCUACUGGCUGGGCUCCCUCACAGGCAUGAUUCUGGCUCUUCUGCUGUUCAUGGGUCACAUCCCGAGGAUCUUUUCCAAGAACCUCCUGUACUCUCAGAAGACGCGUUUCCGAGUGCCGAAGGGGGACAAAGCAGAGAAGAAGAAAAUGUGAAAGGAAACUGCACAUUUUUUUAAAAUUUCUUUUCAAUCAAGCUUUAUGGAAAAGUACCCGACAACAAAUAGUCAGAGUUUUUUACUGUACAGAAAUUGUUAAAUAUUCUUGUUGACAAUUUUCAAUAAAGAU